GUGCGGCGUUCCUCACUGCCGUCUCCGAGUCGUCUGCCCCAAUCUUCCCGCCGUUCCUCGCGGGUUCUUCAAGUUCAAGCCACGGCGGGGUCUCAAAAAUUGUGGGGGGAUCCAACUCACCCCCAACCCCGGCGGCGUCUGCCACUAAGCCGGCCUUUCCGGCCAAGUCCGGGAAGCCAAGAACAGUCAGGAAGUACGUGGCAAAAUUGAAUCCCACGAAACUCAAAGGGAAGGUGAUUGGUGACAGAGGUGCCGCGGGAAAAUAUGCCAUAAAGAUAGUGAG